CUAUGGACUGAGGAGGUCUGGCACCACUCAUGAUGUAAACAAAACAACUUGCUCCAUGCAGGGCUGAAUCUUCUGAUUUCGUGGUAUUUCCAUCCAUAAGGCUUUAUUAAGUACACCUUUGUGGUUGACAGUUAAUAUUGUACUCUGCUUCACAAAGAAUAGCAAAGGGUUAAGGUGAGGAUUUUAUUUUCAACGAACAACAAAAUUGAAGAUGGAUUUAGAAACCAGCGGGAUAAAGAAAAAAUUUAACAAAAGGAAAUACCUUAAGAAUAAACUUAAGACCAACUUCGGAAGCCGACAAGAAGGUCAUGGUCAAGCAUUCCUCCAAAAGCAAGCCAUAAAGCAGCAGUAUUUUCGCCAGCAAAAGAGAGAGGAGGAGAAGCGUCGCAAAAAACUUCAUCAUAUGCAGCUGAGUAAAGGAGAUGAUGAGCUCAAGAAAUUAGAACUGCAGUGUGAUGAUGAACAGACCAAAGAAGAUGAGGAUGAGGAGUCUGUCUUCUUCUCAAAGUUGAGGUAAGCUUCAUGUCUUGUUGGUG